GCGAGCUGUCAUACGGGGGAGCGAGGCUGGGACUGCGGAGCAUCGCGCGAUGUAUUGUCUGACGUGAAGAACGGGUGCGUUUUGUACUUGAAACGCUUUGACUCCGAGGCAUUCCGAUGGUGUGACGGUCCCGUUUGAAGGUAUUUAAUAUACCUUUCAUUGCUAUAUUACAGAACGGUAUCAUUUUUGUCACCGACCGGAUAAAGUUCUUGGCAACAAGUGGAAUUUUGGCGUGGAAAGUGCGAUCCAGCUGUCCUAGCUAUGGAGGAGCAAAAGGAUCAAAAUAGUCGUGAUUCGACUGAAGGAGACAGCGUCUCGCUUUCUCCUAACGUACCGUCCCCUCCGAUUUUACCUCACCAGGCAGCGCCGCAAGUCCACAGAACCACGAACUUUUUUAUCGAUAAUAUUCUGCGGCCGGACUUCGGCUGUAAAAAAGAUCCUGGGAAUAGAGAGCGUGCCCAGACCUCGGGCCGAGAGAACGUUAACCCUUUGAUAAUAAGGCCCUCUCACACAAGCAGCCUUUGCCAGGAUUCCAACUGCAGUAGUGACAGCACUUCUUCUUCGUCUUCGUCGUCGUCGCCGUCGUCUAAGACGACUUCUGCAAAACUAGUCGAGGGAAAUGGAACUACUACGUCGAAGUACGGGGAAAACACGUCUAUAAUGGUGGUGAACGCUAACGGAGGGACGCCGCCAAGUAAAGAAUCGACGCAGCCUUUACUAUGGCCUGCGUGGGUAUACUGCACCAGAUAUUCUGACAGACCCUCAUCUGUUUCCACACCAGGCCCAAGGACACGAAAAUUGAAAAAGAAGAAAGGCGACAAAGAAGACAAGCGACCGAGAACCGCUUUUACGGCUGAACAGCUGCAAAGACUUAAAGCCGAGUUUCAGGCGAAUCGGUACAUUACGGAGCAAAGGCGGCAAUCACUGGCCCAAGAACUCAACCUCAAUGAGUCUCAAAUAAAAAUCUGGUUCCAGAAUAAGAGGGCAAAAAUCAAAAAGGCCAGCGGCUACAAGAAUGGUCUCGCGCUCCAGCUCAUGGCCCAGGGACUCUACAACCAUUCCACGACCACAAUUCAAGACGACAAGGAUGACAGCGAAUAAUAACUGCCUCAUCUCUUCACAAGAAAAGCGACAGACGCUGACCCAAAGCGACUUUUUUCAUAUCUUUUGUGAAACAAAUGUAUGGAGAAGAGGAGAAUUCUCGAUUCGAAGACUCCCUAUUUAAACAAAUCUAUCCUAGGCUACACUAUAUGGACACACAUCUAAAUACGAACACUAUGAAGAUUUAUAUAUAGCCAAAACUGUAAGAUGUAUAUAUUUAAAUUCAGGUAGGGGGGUACCUGUACUUCUCCUUACUUGCUGGACAUUUUUAUCGUUUCUCUCCUUUCCCGAUGUUGUUGCUCUCCGUCCCCGAAGGCCCAGUUGUCAGAUUCCUUAGCGUUUUGUGAUAACCCUUUCUCUAAAGUCCCCUGUCUCACAAUUCUAAACACGCGUGACUGAACCGACGCUUCAAGCCAAAGAUUUUAAUAUGUUUAGAGAUUAUGUUGUCUGAAAUAAAAAAAAGGUAGAACGCGCCAUUGUUUUUUUUUCCCUUUCACAUCAUGUUAGCCUAGUAGCUUAGCUGAAGUAUAUCGAAUCUUUUGGCUAAAUUGUAACAACCCCUUUCAGAUACCAUCAAGUCUAAAUUUUAUGUCUAAAAUUUCUUAAGUGUAAAAUGUAACAUUUAAGAUCUAAAUGUUACACUCUAGUCGUUUUCUUUUCAGU